CCUUUAACUACUUAUUCUUCCUUUCUUUAAUGCCUGUAGGGUCACCUGCACGGAGCCAUGUGCUGACUCCCAAGAAAAGAGAGAAACUUCACACCACCCCUCCUUCGUCCCACCAACCAUCCACAACGUUCCAUAAUUCCAUCUCUCUCUCUCUCUCUCUCUCUCUCUCUCUCUCUCUCGUUCUUCGUUCCUUCCUUCCUUCCAUCCAUGGAGAAACCCAACUUCAAUCCAGAAGCCCCCACCCUCACCACAUCAACCUUGCAAGUCCUCUCUCCAAGCAGUAGUGGAAGGAGAAGCAGCGCUUCCAACUCAUCGGAAUUCGAGUUUUGGAUGGUCAGGAACCCUUCAUUCCCACAACCCCAAAUCCUCUCAGCCGACGAAUUGUUCGUCGACGGCGUACUACUCCCUCUCCACCUCCUCCGACACCAUUCUGAUCCACCAGACCCAGAAGAACACAAAGCCAAUUCAGAAACUCCUAACCCUGAACCUGAACCUGAACCUGAGUCUGAACCCGGACCUGGACCCCAGUCCUCGGCCGUGUUAUUACCCGAGUUAUCGACGGGGUUAACUACAUCUAAGCGAUGGAGGGACAUUUUCAAGAUAGGGGAGAAGAGAACAACAGCCACAACGUCUUCCGCAGGCGUCGAAGACAGAGAGAAAGACAAAGACAAGGAGAAGAAGAAAGAAAGGAAGACUGGUGGUGGCAGCGCUAGCGGGGCGGAGCUGAACAUCAACCUAUGGCCAUUCUCGAGGAGCCGCUCCGCUGGGAAUGGUGGCAACAGACCGAAGCUAGCCGUGGCGGCGACCCGGAAGGUAAGUAGCGCGCCCUGUUCUCGUAGUAACUCGGCGGGCGAGUCCAAGUCGAGGAGAUGGCCGAGUAGUCCUGGCAGAGUUGGGUUUCAUCUGGGAAGGACUAGUCCCGUUUGGCAGAUCCGUCGCGGAGGCUCCGGCGUCAGGAGCUCCGACCUGACGGAGCCGGUGGUAGUUGGAAAUGUCGAUAAGGGAGGGACUUCGAAGAGUUCCGAGCCUGUGGCUAAUAACGAAGACAAGGGAAGGAAGAAGGAAACAAAAGAGACUCGCCGGAGCAAGAAUAAUGGCGGCGGUGGCGGUGGAGGUUCCAAGGCUAGGGUUUUGAAUUUGAAUGUUCCGAUGUGCAUCGGGUAUCGCCAGCAUUUGAGUUGUAGAAGCGACCAGAACGGCACCGUUGGUGGUGAAGUUGGAGGUGGCAGUGAAAGUCAGAGCAGCAGCGGCGCUGCCGGUAACAGUGGUAGUGGGGGUAGCCUCUUAAACCUGCGCACCAUAUUCUCCAAGAAAGUGUAUUAAACAAGAACUGGGUUUAUUAAUUGCGAUUUUGUUCAGUUUACAACGCUCUUCACUUGUCUGAUUUCUUGUGUAAUUAAAUCUGAAUUGCUUCUGCUUGCUUUAGAUUCUUAGAUAAGAGAGAAGCUUCUGUGUAUGUGUUUUUGUAUUUAACUAACAUUAAGAAGGGAGUUAAAUAGUUUGUUAGUUACUUGUUUAA